AUGGCAUUUGCUGUUGCCAGCGCCUGGGCUUCCAGCAUGGCUGCCGGUCUGAUAGCAGCAGCAGGAACUGUGUCCAGUGUGGGUACACUGGCCUCUGGAACCACCCUGGUUGGCGUUCCCACCGUGGGUAAGUGUCCCAAGAGGGACUCGUGGGUGGGCCCAUUCCCAAGCCCCUCCCUUGCCCUUAUUCUCCUCUCCACUGCAGUUGUGGCCUUGGGGUCAAUGCCGGUGGUGCUUAGCACCUUGGGCUUUACCCAGGCUGGAAUCGCCGCCUCUUCUGUAGCUGCUAAGAUGAUGUCUAUGGCGGCCAUUGCCAACGGAGGUGGUGUAGCAGCGGGCAGCCUGGUGGCUACUCUUCAGUCACUGGGAGCAGCUGGACUCUCCCUGUCAACCAAGAUAGUCCUGGCCUCCACUGGGUGCACUCUUGGGGCCUUGUUGGUGCCUUAA